GUGGAUGGCGCCCUGCUUUGACCCACCCCGGAAUUAAAAGGGAGGCGAUCAUUGCGUACGUUGCGCGCACCGCCUCGCCCUUAAUGCUGCCGCCUUCACUCUUCUCGCUGGAGCAGCAGGAGGAGGAGGAGAUAGAGUGAGGCCGUGACGGCGACGGCGAGGUCUGGGGGCGGGGCGCGAUGGGAGACGGAGCGGAGGCGGCGGGGGCGACCGCGGCGAGCAGGUUCGGGACGAUCUGCGUCUUCUGCGGCAGCAACGCGGGGCGCCGCAGGGUGUUCGGCGACGCGGCGCUCGACCUCGGCCACGAGCUGGUGAGGCGGGGCGUCGAUCUGGUCUACGGCGGCGGCAGCAUCGGGCUGAUGGGCUUGAUCGCGCGUACGGUUCUCGACGGCGGCCGCCGUGUCGUCGGGGUGAUUCCUAGAGCUCUCAUGGCUGUCGAGAUAUCAGGUGAGAGUGUGGGAGAAGUAAUAGUUGUACAGGACAUGCAUGAGCGGAAAGCGGAGAUGGCUCGGCGAUCCAAAGCGUUCAUUGCUCUUCCUGGGGGCUAUGGAACAAUGGAGGAGCUGUUAGAGAUGAUAACAUGGUGCCAACUUGGAAUUCAUGACAAGCCAGUUGGAUUGCUAAAUGUUGACGGUUACUACGAUCCACUGCUCGCGUUGUUCGACAAAGGCGAGGCGGAGGGCUUCAUCAACUCUGAUUGUAGACAAAUAUUUGUAUCUGCACCAACUGCAAGUGAAUUGCUGACAAAGAUGGAGCAAUACACUCGGUUGCACCAGGAGGUGGCCCCUGCAACAAGCUGGGAGAUCUCAGAGCUUGGCUAUGGAAGAACACCGGGCGCUGAUCAAUCCUAGCCCCCCUCACUUCAAAAGUGACUAGUACAAGCUCUACUAAUGCCUUUGCUUUUGUUUUCCCUUGCUUCUUGUGAUCAAGUGUCAAAUUAAACUCCUCACCAUGGACAUGGUCUCCAGUUGCUGUGUUCUUGAUUUCCAUCGAUCCGGUGACGAACCAAAGAAGCCGGUCGUCACCGUCUACAAAUUUAUUUGAAGUUUGAACUGCUGCAUGAAUGCAUGAUCAUGUAGUGGGAGUAAUAUAAUUUACUAGUAAUUUAUGUUUUGAUUA